AAAAAAGACACCUUCCCACUUCUUACCAUUUUCUGAAGCGCAAGCAUAACCAUGGAAUGCGAGCUAGCUGACUUGUAAAACGGUGGAUUCGAAGUGUUGACUCUGCUGAGGCAUUGGCAAGGACAGUUGGAGAAGGUAUUGUGAAGUUUUUGCGUUUCUAUGUGUCUCGUUUAAUCUUUAUUUGCGUCAAUUUCAAAUUCCUGUAUCUCACUCAAUUCAUUAAACUUUCCAAGGGGUUCGUUUUAAAAUAGCAUCGCUCAUGUGUUUCUGAAUUAUCACAAGUAAGAAUUUUAAAACUAGCUGAAGAUAUUAGUAGCAUCUACAUGCUUAGUUGCUUACUAUUACUCGAUUAGUUUGUGUUACUAAGAAGAAAUUAUCUUUGCAAUUUAGUGUUUAUGAGACGAGCCUUUUUAAAUUCAUCUCUUGUUAUGAUUACUAUCAAUUCUUCCGCCUACUCGGGUUGUGAACAGGAACAUGGCAUGAAUUCCCGGAUAGCCAUAUUGGAUUCUGCAAAAACUUGUAUAUUGUAUUUUUCUCCUGUUUUCCGGAGACAACAAUUAUUGAUAAGAUCUCUGAGAGGUUCCAUUGAUCAUCAUCAACCCCAUUAUAGAGACAUGCAAGCCAUAAGGUCAAUUGAGGUUGACUCUGAAAGCAUUAUUCGAGCAAUUACUCCUGUUCUUGAUCCUACCAGACAUAAAGGCCAGGCAGGAAAUAUAGCUGUUAUUGGAGGGUGUCGUGAAUACACAGGUGCUCCAUAUUUUGCUGCAAUUUCAGCCUUAAAAAUUGGUGCGGAUCUGUCCCAUGUUUUUUGUACAAAAGAUGCUGCUCCUGUCAUCAAAAGUUACAGUCCUGAGUUGAUUGUGCACCCUGUUUUGGAAGAAUCUUAUAAUGUCAGGGAGGAAUACAAGAGAUCCAUAUCAAACGAUGUUCUUGCUGAAGUUGACAAAUGGAUGGAAAGAUUUGACUGUCUUGUUGUUGGUCCAGGCCUGGGAAGAGAUCCAUUUCUUCUAGACUGCGUGAGCGAAAUCAUAAGACAUGCAAGACAAUCAAACAUUCCAAUAGUUAUAGAUGGGGAUGGGCUUUUUCUUGUUACAAAUAAUCUUAACCUUGUUAGUGACUAUGCCUUAGCUGUUCUAACACCAAAUGUCAAUGAAUAUAAGCGUCUUGUUCAGAAAGUACUGAGUUCUGAAGUUAAUGAGGUAGAUGCUCCUCAACAACUGCUAUCUCUUGCCAAACAGAUUGGUGGUGUUACUAUCCUAAGGAAAGGAAACAAUGAUCUCAUCAGUGAUGGUGACACAGUCAAAUCAGUGAGUGUUUAUGGUUCUUCUAGACGUUGUGGUGGCCAAGGUGAUAUCCUUUCUGGAAGUGUUGCUGUCUUCUUGUCAUGGGCACGUCAACAUAUUUUGGCCAAAGAUUCAAAUUUGAAUCUCAGUUGUAAAAAUCCAACAGUUUUGGGAUGCAUUGCUGGAUCUGCUAUAUUGAGAAAGGCUGCCUCACUUGCUUUCUCAGAAAAGAAAAGAUCUACAGUCACUGGUGACAUUAUUGAAUGCUUGGGGAAAAGUUUGGAAGACAUAUGUCCUGCCAGUUGAUUCCAUUUGUGGCCAACAGAUACUUACCACUUGUAACCAAAUUGACAUAUCCUGCUAGAAUCUUUUCUUUAUCUUUUCCUUUUUGAUGAGUUUUCCCCUUGUCUUUAUUUCUCACUCUUUGCCUUGAAUAUUUAAAAUUUGUCUGUUUGUUGUGCCAUGAUAAAGAUUCUAAGUAAUGAAGUGUGUAGAAGAGUUUAUCCCAAUAUAACUUAUUAAAGUUUUUCGUUAAA